AUGUCCGGAUUGCUUGAGAGGAGGAAGCAGCGUCUGCAAUCCUCGUCCGCGGGGUCGCGCCUGUCAGACGACAUUAUCGAUGCUAAUGUCGUUGUUUGCAGUCCUGCCUCUCCUGCCAUCCCUCGCGGCCCUGUUCCCGAUCUCUCCACCCUGCUGUCCUUCUCUCCUUGUCCCGCCUCUCAGCCCCUCGACUCCCAACCGGAUCAAGACAGAUUGCUGCAGCUGUUCCAGACGGAUCUAGGUUUUGACGGCGAACUUCCUGUUUCAGCAUGUGUUAUCUACCGUGCGCUCGUGCACUGGCGCUCCUUUGAAACCGCUUAUACGAAUGUAUUUGACAAGAUUCUUGGGAUCAUGAGCGCUGACAUAGAGGCUGCUCCUGAUGCGGGUGCAAGCGCGGAUUCUGCCGCACAGCCCAAGGCUGCAAGAUCUGGUGCCGGAGAACAUGAAGAUGCAGUGGGGAGUAUUGACAAGCUGGCUGUAUUGCUUAACCGUCAAAGCUGCAGCUUACAUUAUGCCGACGUGUAUCUCAAGGAGGGGCUGAGGGAGCUGCAGCAGUGGACCUCUGCCGUCAGUGAGGAGUAUGCGGGUGGCGCAUGGGACCAGCUGCAACACAUCAGGCAGGCUGUGGAGUUCAUCGUCCUUCCCGAGAAAACUGAGAUGCCUUUGGAAGAAUUAUGUUUGCACUUUCCUGCUUUGAACAUGAGACAGCUCUACCGCAUAAGUUCCAUGAUUCCCACCAGCGAUCCCAAUGCCAUCUUUGCGACACGUGCUAUGCUGGAUGCCAUGCGUGAGAAGUGCAAGGAAGAGAAUCCUCGCAAUGACAUAUGUUUCCUCCUUGAAGCUGACUGGGGCAUUCCAUUUUCAGUAAGUGACAUGUACAAGGAGCAGCCCAAAAUCUCCCUCAACGAUCUACUAGUGCCUCCCCACUUUCCUUAG